AUGUUUCAGAUACCAAGCAUCAACCUGCUGCUGGAUGAUCUGGCUGACUUUAAACCAUUUGAACCAUUUGAAGGUGAAAGUGAUGCCGCUCCCCGCGCACUUCCACCUGGAGUUGAUCCCCUGAAUGUGAUGGGUAUCAACACAAAUAAGGAAUUAAAUGAAAAGAACCAUUACACCAGUGAUUACGUGACCAACCAGCUGGUGGUCCGACGGGGUCAGCAGUUUGUCAUCGACGUCACCUUCAACCGUCCGCUGACGCCUGAUGACGACUUCCAGCUGGAGUUCCUGAUUGAAGCCAAGUGCAGGCAGAGGCAGGAGACUCCAGGCUCUGACCCUAUACCCAACAAGGACUCCUUGGUGGUUGUGACCUUUGGAAACCGUCCUGGUGGGUCUUGGGCAGGCCAGAUUCUGGGCUCGCAGGGUGCAGCGGUGUCACUCGGCAUCACACCCCAUGCUGGGGCCAUUGUGGGUUUGUACCGCACGUAUGUGGCCGUCUCAGUUGGUAACGGCAUGCAACGAACCAGUAAGGACCCCAGCACCAACCUGUAUGUGCUGUUCAACCCCUGGUGUAAAGAAUAUGUCCUGAACUCCACUGGUAUAAUAUAUCAGGGAACAUCUGAAAAAAUCACUGAGCGUGGCUGGGUUUACGGACAGUUUGAGGCGGGUGUUUUGGAUGCUUGUAUCUACAUCCUAGAUGUCUGCCGGAUGGCGAUCCCAAGUCGUGGCGACGUAAUCAAAGUUCUCAGGACAGCGUCUGCCAUGAUCAAUUCUCAGGAUGACAAUGGUGUGUUGGUUGGGAACUGGGGGGUGGAUUUCUCCAUGGGCGUAGCUCCAACAUCAUGGACAGGAAGUGCCAAAAUUCUUCUGCAGUACCACAACACUGGUGCUCCUGUGUCCUUUGCUCAGUGUUGGGUGUAUGCUGGGGUCCUGAACACCUGUAAGACCAUAAACAAAAACCAUACCUGUGAAAAAUAUGUUUAA